AUGUAGACGCUUCGAUGGGCGAACCGAGUUUGUGCCGCGUAAAGUAAAACUAUUUUCUGUUUUCAUUCUGUGCGAUUUGCAUAUCGAAGUGAAACUCGAUUCGUUACUGAAGUGAUGUGAACAUAAUUAAACGUGAUUAGUGAUUUCUGGAUUUCAGUUUCAAAGUGUGAUGAGAGCGCGAGUGUGAAGCCAUGGCGAAGAGAGCGCUGCUCUUGAUAUGGGUGGUCGCCGUCGUCACUGCAGAACAACAUGAUGACACAAGUUCCACAGAGCCAGAGCACACCACAGCCGCGCCAACACCACCGAUACCUUUACGACCAGAAUAUGCUCAUCCAGCUGGCGUAGAAGCAUUAGACCCUUACAACUCUGAAAAGAAUCCUCCACCACACAGAGACUAUUUAGAAGAAGAUUACGACCACGAAGGUCACAAAGAAGACGACCAUGACAACAGAGACGACGCAGACGAAUUGCCGUCUCUGUCCGGAGAUCAUCUGUUACAAAGUUCUACAGAUGACUUACCAAUGUUUUUAUUAGAACCGCAACAUGCGUAUGUAGUGCGAAAUAAACCGGCUAUGUUGAGAUGUCGUGCUGCUAAUGCGUUGCAAGUGUACUUCAUGUGCAAUGAUGUUCGGUCGGUUGGUAGUACACAAUUUGAGUUUGUGGACCCUCAAAGUGGUGUUCGUAUUGUGGAAGCAGAGUGCAAUGUGACGAGGGACCAUUUGGAAGAGUAUUUUGGUGAAGACAGGUUCGAGUGUAGAUGCCAUGCUUGGAGCAGUAGAGGUGAUAUUAGGAGUCAACCAGCAGUUGUUGAAUUGGCAUAUCUUAAGAAGCAGUUCGCCAUGUCACCCGCGUCUUCAUCAGUGGAAGCAGGGUCUGCUGCAUCUCUCCGCUGCACUCCACCUCCAGCAGCCCCUCCCCCACGAGUAUCCUGGCUGAAGCAUGGAGUACCCUUACAACAGGACCAUAAUGUUCUAAUUUCUGCUGAAGGAAAUCUGCUCAUUUCAAGAGCUACUCUCCAGGACAUGGCGAACUACAGUUGCGUGGCAGAAAACAUAGCUGGCAAAAGAAUUUCCGAGUCCGCCACCCUUACUGUUUAUGUAAACGGUGGCUGGAGCGCCUGGGGCGCCUGGACGCAAUGCAGAUGCAACGGGCGGGCCUCAGGGCAGCGCCGCACCAGGACCUGCACGGAGCCCCACCCGCUGAACGGCGGAGCCCCCUGCCAGGGCCAGAGCGUUCAGAAGACGUCUGAAUGCGUGUUAUGUCAGAGUGCAUCACCAGGCUCCGGCCGAUGGGGCAGCUGGACGGAGUGGUCAGAGUGCGGCUCAGACUGCCGGCAGUCGCGGCGGCGCGCGUGCGUGGGCGACGCGUGCUCCGGCGCUCAGGUGCAGCACGCGGACUGUAUCGGGGACUUCUGUGGCGUGCACGGAGUAGCUGCGCACAGCGACAUACCACUAUACAUUGGUAUCGCGGUCGCCGUGGUGGUGUUCCUCGCGGGUGCAGCCGUGCUAUAUAAACUGCUGCAGAGGAAGACCAGGGAUCAUUCGCUGUAUACAAUGACGAGGACAGACUUCCAACCAGAAAUCUACCCCACGGUGGAGAAGCAGUCCCUCUCGUUGGCUCCAGACCUGAUGCAGCACCGACCCCCCCGCUACGACCCCCCGGACCCUCGUACCGAACACCAUUAUGAUGUACCGCAUCUUACCAAUAGCUACGCAUCACCCGUGGACCAGCAAAUUACCCCAAGUGCGUCAAGCAAGGGGCACAGUGAUGAAUACGACACGAAGCCGUAUAGCGAGUCGGAACAUUCUGCCUCUAGCUGCUUUACAAGUUCCGGAUCCAUGUACGACGCAGCCAACGAAUCCGUGACCCUGCAACUUGCUGAACUAGUAUCAAACUCGCCUACAUCUCAGUCCUUAUCAGUGUCCAAUGUUGGGGCGCGGCUGAGUCUCCCCGCGGGGGUCGCGCUGACCAUCCCGGAGGGCGCGCUGACCAGGGGCAGACGGGAACAGUUGUACGUGGCGGUUGUUAAGGAUGAUAGAUACCGCGCUAGGUUGGGGAAAGGUAUCACGCAACUGAGUCCGGUAGUAAAAUGUGGCCCGCCUAGACUCCAGCUUAGCAAGUCGGUUAUAUUGCAAAUACCGCACUGUGCGAGCCUCAAACACGGCUUCUGGAAUCUCGCCCUAUACGCCAUAGACAAUAACAAAGACAACUCGCCGCACUGGAAAAAAGUCGUCAACCUCGGCCAAGAGACCAUAAACACCCCGGUUUUUACGCAGCUAGACACCGAUAAAAUAUUCUUAGUCACAGACAUGCUGACGACUUUUGUUCUAGUCGGCGAAAGUUUCAACGGGAAAGCCGUAAAAGCGCUCCAAUUAGCACUCUACGCUACUCCCAUUAACGAAACAGCCACCGAAUAUACUAUCCGCGUUUAUAUUUUCGAAGACACGCCUUGUGCUACGUACUAUUGCCAGGAGCAAGAGAAAAAACUCGGCGGUGUUCUUCUAGACCGACCUAAGUCUUUGCUAUUCCAAGAUGGCGGCUCCAAUUUGUGUUUGAAUUUGGAACACGUCAGUCCCGGUUGGAAAGCGAAACCCGGCGUAGCGUACCAAGAGAUUCCGUUCAACCACAUAUGGACGUCGAAUUACAACGCGGUGCACUGCAAUUUUACGUUAGACCGGACGUACGAUAGCGACAACAUCGACUUCUCGAUAUCCGCGUGUCAAAGGACGAAUCCUUCGUACAAGCAAACAUUCCGAAUAUCCGUGGACAUGACGCAUCGCGGCCGUUCGCCGCGCGGGGAAUCCAGAAAUUUCAAUAUCACAGAGAAUUUGCUCGAAGCGAGACUCGGCAGGAGCGACGCGAGCGACGACGGGAGCGUGAAACGGAACGUCACAGUCAACGAGACGGGCAUCAAUGAGGCAGAGGGGCCGUUCAAACUGAGCGUUCGGAUCAAACGUCAGUUGUGUGCGAUUCUCGACCCGCCGAACGCGCGCGGGAAUGACUGGCGCGGUUUGGCGUCUAGGUUAGGUGUCGAUCGGUAUACUACCUGGUUUGCAACCAAGAGCUCCCCCACGGAGGCUAUUCUUGAACUUUGGGAAUGUAGGGAACGAGGCCCGGGGGCUAUCUCUUCGCUGGCGACAGCCUUGCGACAAAUGGACAGGCACGACGCCGCCGACUUGCUUCAAGGCAGACCGUCUUGGUUAUGAAUUGGGACUUAAUGCGAUACCGUUCGACGCAACGGCGAAUGCUUCGAUGGUUAGUUUUAGUUGAAGUUUGAUUUCGAUUUCGACUUAAGAAGGCGACGGCUUACUUACACUGCACAAUUUUUUGUAUUUUUUUUAAGUAGAAUUCGUAUUGAUUUUUACAUCGUAGCAUUCGUCGUUGGUUGAUUCGUUGCUAAUUAUCUUGUAGAUUAAAUGUUAUUUAGAACAUAGUACGGGCCGUUGGCCGUGUAAAAUCGUGGUAGUUUUGUAUAGAAGCUCUAUCUAUGUUGUAGAUAAGCGGAAUAAAUUAUAUUAUAGUAGCAAUAAUAGUGCCUAAUCUUUAAAAGAACUCGGUCGUGCGCGGCCAUCUUGUUAAUUUUAUAAGCGUUUGAGUGUUCAUUGUAUUGGAAUGUGGAAUAUACAUUUUGUUCUUGCUUUUUCAGUUCUUAGGGAUACGUGCCAAAUUAUCGAUAUUGUUUGGCUAUCUAUACGCACUAUGCAGAGCUUAUUGUAAAAAUAACCGUUUAUCGUAAGACUAAAAUGCAUUUAUACUUUACUUACUCUCCCUCACUGCCUAUUUCUAUAAUAGAUUUUUUAUCAUCACUAUAAUAUAUGAUUUAAAAUAUUAAGUUUAAAAUUCUAAAAUAUGGUAAUGUUAGUGAAGUGGGAAAAUUUAUACGUAUAUUGUUUUUGGAUAUUUUUACUUUUCGAAUGUAUGAAUGACCAGUUAAUUUUGUUCCUGUUACGAAAUAUAUCGAUUUGUAUAUACCGUGAUUGUGAUUGUACUUUAAGUGGCAACUAUUAAUAAUAAUAAAUUUUCUUUUAAUUUAUCAAAAAUAAUAUGUAUUACGGUUUUAAGAUAAUUUUUUUUUUGAAGUGAAACUUCUUUAUCUGGGUUGG